CUUGCUCGUAAUUGAAUCUGAUUCUGUUUUUUCAUGUUUUUAAGACAGAACCUUGAACUGAAUCAUUUGUCUAUUAUUAUUAUUAUUUUUUUUAUGCAGAUACCAUGCCGAAGAACAAGGGAAAGGGAGGAAAGAACAGGAAGAGAGGAAAGAACGAAGCUGAUGACGAGAAGCGUGAGCUCAUCUUCAAAGAAGACGGACAAGAAUACGCGCAAGUCCUUCGCAUGCUCGGCAACGGAAGAUGCGAGUGCAUGUGCAUCGACGGCACCAAGCGUCUCUGCCACAUCCGCGGCAAGAUGCACAAGAAGGUCUGGAUCGCGGCGGGCGACAUCAUACUCGUUGGUCUGAGAGACUACCAGGACGACAAGGCUGACGUCAUUCUCAAGUACAUGUCUGACGAGGCGAGGCUUCUCAAGGCUUACGGUGAGCUUCCGGAGAACACUCGUCUCAACGAAGGUAUCGUUGGUGAUCUCGAAGAAGAUGAUGACAAUGACACUGAAGAGUUUGUCCACUUUGAGGACGAGGAUAUUGAUAGGAUCUAAGGUGUUGUUUGGUUUUUUCUUUUCUGGCUUGUAUUGUCAAUUUGAGACGCCUGACUUUUUGAGUUUACAGAAGAAACAGGUGGUAAU